GAUGUUCUAAUUUUGACUUUUGUGGUUUUUAAGGAGAGUUAAAAAAGGUGAAAGUUUAUCAUAAUACCCUUAAUGAAAAAUAGAUGGAGUGUAUUAAAUGAGGUGAGUGAGGUGUAAUAAAUAAAGUAAGUGGGGUAGUUGUGGUAUUUUAAUUGUUAGAUGGACGGAGUUUAUCAUAAUACCUUUAAUGAAAAAUAGAUGGAGUGUAUUAAAUGAGGUGAGUGAGGUGUAAUAAAUAAAGUAAGUGGGGUAGUUGUGGUAUUUUAAUUGUUAGAUGGACUGAGUAUAUAAAUGCUGGGAGAUGAUGAUUCGAGGAGAAAGGGGAAGAAAGAGCACUACUCAACAAUGGCAGCCGUCAUUUCAGUCUUCAGUCCCUCCAUUGAUGAGCAGAGAUGGGUGAACCAAAGUAGAAGAGCCCUAGACUCAGAGCUCAUUCUACAAAUUGACGAUUUCACCCCCACAAUCUUUCAAGUCCCCAAAUCCUUGAAAGAAUCCAAGCCCGAAGCCUACACUCCACGCCUUCUUGGCCUGGGCCCGUACCAUCACCUCCGGCCAGACCUCCAUGCCGCCGACAGGCAAAAGCUUGCCGAAGUCAAUAAAUUUCUGACGAAAAACUCCUCCACCAAGAGUUUCUUCUCCGAUGACUUCCUGAAAAAGAUGAAGGAUUUGGACCCCGUGGUCCGGGCCAACUACGACCAGUACUUGGAUCUCCAAUCCUCAACCCUAGAUCACAUCCUCUCCGUCGAUUCCUUUUAUCUACUCCAUUUUCUAGGCGCCUAUGAUCAGAAAACCGACGCCGCGAAUCUGGAGUCCGGUCGCCGGGAACUGGCGGGGGAUGUCAUGAUGCUGGAGAACCAGAUUCCGGCAAUUGCGGUUGCAGAGAUGGGGAAGGAGAUAGAUCUGUUCUCCCCGGAAAGAGGUACCCAAGAAACCAUGUUGCAUUCCCAGCUCUUUUACUACUGCUGUAAAGCCCACUCUCCCCUUAAACCUUCUGAGCUCUGGAGAGACCGCCGCCACCAGAGCAGCCACCUAUUGGCUCAUAUGUACCAUCUGGUCCUGAACAAUCGUGGGUAUGAAGAAAAAUCUGAUCUUGAUUUGCGGAUGAGAAGAUCAAGAAUCACAGAGGUGGGCACGGAGGCUUUAACAGCUUUAAGUGAAGUUGGACUCGGAGGAGGAGCUUCCAUUUGGAUUAAGCCACUCCUAUUUGCUUUCAAGUCUUUACAAGCUUGGGAGAACACUAAGUUAGCUGAUGAAUUAAUUAGUAAUGAUAAUAAGACUACAGGUUCAAGAACACAAAAGAUUCUUCAUCAGAUUCCUUCCGCGUCCGUGUUGUCCAAGAAACACAGUGUGGAGUUCAGGUUGCUGGAAAGGGAAGGUAUAAAGGACAUCAAGCUCGACUUCGAAGAUGGUAAACCCGUGCUUUAUCUCCCGGAAAUCACUUUCGAACACGAAUCAGAAGUUGUGUUGAGAAACUUGGUGGCAUAUGAAUCUGCAAUUUCCACUCAAGACUCUACCUUAGAGCUUGCUGAGUAUGUACAUCUGAUGGGUGAAUUAUUGCAGAAGGCAGAAGACAUGGUGAUUCUGCGCGAUAGAGGAAUCGUAAAGGGAAACCAGGACGACAAACAGGUUGUUGAGAUCUUCAAUGCAAUUCGUAACUCUGUGGGAAAAUCGAUUGAGGAGUCUGCAAGCCAGAAGGCAGAGAAGGAAUUGAAGGAGAUGGUGGAGAAAUGGGAGAGGGGAAAAAAGGAUGUGUGGAAAAGGGGCUUCAAGUUUGUGGAGAAGAAGGCCAAGAAUGGUAUGGAGUUCAUGAGGAAACCUUUAGGAAUUGGUCUGAAGUAUCUGCUGUAUGUGUUUAUGGUCAUUCUGCUAGUGCUGCAGAUGAUGCAAGCCUAUUGCCAGGUUUAUGGGUGCAACAAAGGACCUUCUGAAGGCAACACUCUGAGGUCACUCUUACUGCAUAGUGCUUAGUAGAUUGUGGUAGGUCAUCAUAACAUUUUAUCUUGAGCAAGUGCAUUACUAUUAUCAUAGUAUUAGUUCCUAUGAUUUUAGUGUUCUAUUUUACUUCUUAAGACAACAAACACUCUUAAUCUGACUUCGAUCAAGAAGGCAUAGCUUAAGUAAUGUUGUUAGUUGUUAGUUCCAACAAAAUUCAUUAUCGUAAAUGUCCUUGGUAUAGGUGCCAUGG